AUGGGCGCCGACGCGCGGCUUUCGGGGGUCCGCGCUGGCGGCUACCUGGGCGCGGCGAGGCCCGGUUCGAGCUCUCGUACCCUGCGGCCGCCGCUCCCGCCUCCCUCCUUUUUCAUUUUGUUGUUGCUGACGGCCCCGGGCGCUCGGGCCGCAGGAUACGAGACAUGCCCUGCAGUGCAGCCAGACAUGCUUAAUGUGCACCUGGUGGCCCACACGCAUGAUGACGUGGGCUGGCUCAAGACAGUGGACCAGUACUUUUAUGGCAUCAUGAAUGAUGUCCAGCAUGCUGGUGUGCAGUACAUCCUGGAUUCGGUCAUCUCUUCCUUGCUGGAAGAUCCCACCCGCCGCUUUGUCUACGUAGAGAUGGCCUUCUUCUCCCGAUGGUGGCACCAGCAGAAAAACGCAACACAGAAAGCCGUGCGGGAACUGGUGCGCCAGGGGCGCCUGGAGUUUGCCAAUGGUGGCUGGGUGAUGGACGACGAGGCGACCACCCAUUAUGGUGCCAUCGUAGACCAGAUGACCCUUGGGCUGCGCUUCCUGGAGGACACAUUUGGCAGCGACGGACGUCCCCGUGUGGCCUGGCACAUCGACCCCUUUGGCCACUCUCGGGAACAGGCCUCCCUGUUUGCCCAGAUGGGCUUUGAUGGCUUGUUCCUUGGGCGCAUUGAUUAUCAAGACCAACUGGUGCGGAAGCAGGAGCUUCAGAUGGAGCAGGUGUGGCGGGCCAGUGCCAGCCUGAAGCCUCCCACUGCCGACCUCUUCACUGGUGUGCUCCCCAAUGUCUACAACCCACCAAACAGUCUGUGCUGGGACAUGCUGUGUGCUGACAAGCCUGUGGUGGAGGACCCCGACAGCCCCGAGUACAAUGCCAAGGAGCUGGUCGAUUACUUCCUGCAGGUGGCCACUGCCCAGGGCCGACACUACCGCACCAACCACACUGUGAUGACCAUGGGCUCAGACUUUCAAUAUGAAAACGCCAACAUGUGGUUCAAGAACCUUGACAAGCUCAUCCGGCUGGUCAACGCCCAGCAGGCAAACGGGAGCCGCGUCCAUGUUCUCUACUCCACCCCUGCCUGUUACCUCUGGGAGCUGAACAAGGCCAACCUCACCUGGUCAGUGAAAUCCGACGACUUCUUUCCUUACGCGGACGGCCCCCAUCAGUUCUGGACCGGCUAUUUUUCCAGCCGGCCAGCCCUCAAACGCUACGAGCGCCUCAGCUACAAGUUCCUGCAGGUAUGCAACCAGUUGGAGGCGCUGGUGGGACCGGCGGCCAACGUGGGACCCUACGGCACAGGAGACAGUGCACCCCUCAGUAGGUGUCGGGCGACGAGGGGACGGGCUGAGGCUGGAAACCGGACAAGCAGGGGCGAGGCGUCCGGAGCCGCCCUAUCUCUUUGCGCUUCUCCCCAGGUUCUCCUGAGCAACGCGCUAGCCUGGCUGAGAGGCUCCAAGGAAAGAUUUACGUUCUGCCCCUACCUCAACAUCAGUAUCUGCCCCCUCAGCCAGACGGCGGCGCGCUUCCAGGUCACCAUUUAUAACCCCCUGGGGCGGAAGGUGAAUUGGAUGGUGCGGCUGCCGGUUCGUGAAGGUGCUUUCUUCGUGAGGGACCCCAAUGGCAGGAGGGUGUACAGCUAUGUGGUGAUGGUUCCUAGCUCGGACAGGCAGAUGUACCAUCCAGAGCUGCUGUUCUCAGCUUCAGUGCCUGCUCUGGGCUUCAGCACCUACUCGGUAGCCCAGGUGUCUGACCAGAACCCCCAGGCGCACAUCCCCCGCCCCAGCCCCAAUGUCUUGGCCAUUGAAAAUGAGUACAUCCGGGCAACAUUUGACCCUGACACAGGGCUUUUGAAGGAGAUUAUGAUCAUGGAUCAGAAAUUCCAGUUGCCUGUUUAUCAGAACUUCUUCUGGUACAAUGCCAGCACAGGUGACAAACAAAGCCGCCAGGCCUCAGGUGCCUACAUCUUCAGACCCAACCAGCCGAAGCCAUUGCCUGUGAGCCACUGGGCUCAGACCCGCCUUGUGAAGACGGCCUUGGUGCAGGAGGUGCACCAGAACUUCUCAGCCUGGUGUUCCCAGGUGGUUCGCCUGUACCCGGGGCAGCGGCACCUGGAGCUGGAGUGGACGGUGGGGCCAAUACCUGUGGGUGAUGGCUGGGGGAAGGAGGUUAUCAGCCUCUUUGACACGCCACUGAACACAAAGGGACGCUUCUACACGGACAGCAACGGCCGAGAGAUCUUGGAGAGAAGGCGGGAUUACCGGCCCACCUGGAACUUGAACCAGACAGAGCCUGUGGCAGGAAACUACUAUCCAGUCAACAGCCGAAUUUAUAUCACGGAUGGUAACAUGCAGCUGACUGUGUUGACUGACCGCUCCCAGGGGGGCAGCAGCCUGAGAGACGGCUCACUGGAGCUCAUGGUGCACCGACGGCUGUUGAAAGACGAUCAACGGGGGGUAGAAGAGCCACUGAUGGAGGAAGGGUCGGGGGCACGGGUGCGAGGGCGCCACCUCGUACUGCUGGACACGGUCCAGGCUGCGGCCGCCGGCCACCGGCUGCUGGCAGAGAAGGAGCUCCUGGCCCCGCAGGUGGUGCUGGCCGGGGGUAGUGGCUCCCCCUACAACCUCAAGGCUGCUCCCCGUACGCAGUUCUCAGGGCUGAGCAGGGAGCUGCCGCCCUCCGUGCACCUGCUCACACUGGCCCGCUGGGGCCCAAAGAUGCUGCUGCUGCGCUUGGAGCAUCAGUUCGCUGAGGGGGAAGAUUCCAGAUACAACAUGAGCUCUCCUGUGACCUUGGACUUGCAGGACCUGUUCUCCACCUUCACCAUUACCCACCUGCAGGAGACGACGCUGGCAGCCAACCAGCUCCGGGCCACCGCCUCCAGGCUUAAGUGGACACCAGACAUGGGCCCCAAACGCCACCACACUCGCUACUGGUUGGACCCGGCUGCUGUGACGCUGCAGCCCAUGGAAAUCCGCACUUUCCUGGCCUCAGUUCAGUGGAAUGAGGAUGGUUAG